GGCGGUGCGGCGCCUGCGCUCCGUUCGAACGAGAUGGCGGCCGACGGCUGAGAGCGGGCUGGCCGUCGCCCCUGUCAUCUCCUGCUCUGUCUUUGCAGGAUACCCUCCUUGGCGAAUGACUCCAGUAGGACGAUGGCGGACAGUGAAACGUCUAAGACAAGGCGGCAAGGAGGAGUCGUCGUGAAGUCUCGCUACCUGCAGUGCCAUAAGAAGAGCGUCAAGAAGGAUAAUUCAGCAAGCUCCUUUUCAAAGUCUGCUGCUGAACCAACCUGCACAACCAAACCAACGUCAGUUCUUCCUCGGAAAUGCAAAACUGGUACUGGUGCUGUUUCUAGAUCAUUAAAUCAGAGCUGUGCUGACAAGAAUCCCCUGCAGUCCACAUUAUUAGGUGAAGACAAAAGCAGUCUACCAGACCUUGAUCUUUCAGCUAUUGGUAGUGGUAAAAACAUCCUUUUAGAGACUCCUGUUUCAAAAUCUGCUUGUGAAGAAGGUCAGAAGCUGGAAAAAGAGGAAUGCAGUUCUGGUACUCUGGUCCAAGAGCUGAACUCUAUGACACUGCUUUUCACUUACCUAAGAGUAAAGGCAGAAAAAAAUCUUUCUGAGCUGGAGAAAAGAGCAGAACAAAACUUGUUGAAGUUGUGUGAAGAAAAGGAGAGGCAACGGGAGAAGCUCAGCAAGUUGAAGCGUGAAAUUCUACUCAGAGAGAGAGAGCAGAAACUCAGCGAGGCAUUAGACAAACAGAUGGAAGUACUUUCUUGCCUUGUUCCUGUGUGUGACCAGUUCAAAGAGCAAUAUAAAAGCUUUGCAGUUGCCCUGGAUGCUACUAGACAUGAGUUGCCCACAAAGAACAUUCACAUAGGAGAAGACAGACAAGCUUACCUUGAGGAACUGCAAAAGGAGAUGACCAUCACCCAGGGACUUCUGACAGAAGUGAUGCCAAGGUUCUCAGGAGAAGGUGCAAAAGCAUGCAGUAUGCUGAAAGAGCUGAAAGAGCUUUCUCAGAAAGUGGAUAAAGAGCUUCAAAGAAGCUUCACACAAGUACAGAACCUUUCAUUUCAAGUCAGUAAAGAAGUUUCUCUGCAUAACCAACAAGUAUGUGAAGAGAAACAUGGACUGGAUGUUGUGAAGCACUGGUACUUCGGCUGAGUGGGAUCCUGACAAGUGGGCACUGAGGCAGUGCCAGCACAGGGUGAGGGGCAGCUUACCCGACUGGUCGCUUCCACCACCAGAGCGUGAAACCAGCAAACAGAGCUGUCUUCUGCUUGGUGUCCCACAAGGAGACCUCUGUUUUUAAUGUGACUUUCUGCAGCACCUUUCACAUCGCCUUCUGCCAGUUGAACCAUAAGGAAUGUUAAACAGGACCUGUGUGCACUUAAACUGCUUGUUGGCAUUUCCUGAGACUGGUUUCAAGUAUGCUGAAAUGUGUCUCUUUCCAAAGUAGUGAUCCUUAGAGUGCAACAGUCGGAACCUAGGUGUGGAGGUGUGUAGCUGGUGCUAAUCUCCUCGGGAGGAACUGUGCCACAUGAGCAUCAGUCACUGAAUCAGCAGCCUCCGGGGGAGCUCUGCCUUGGUCUGAGUCCCUGAUUUCUGGAAUUGAUGAGAGAAGAGGCUGUGUGGGUGGCAAAUGAGACUGAUGCUUGGAAAGAGCCUGAAACAAGUGAAAAGUUGUGAGAGUUUGUUUCCUAAGUGUCUUGGGAGCAAAUUAUUAAAAUCAUAAAUGCUUUUGUAUUAUCCUGACACUUUCUUUUUAAAUAAAACUAUUUUCCUCUACUACA